AAAGAAAGAGGGGAACAGAAAAGACAGGGGAGGAGGCGGUCUGCGCAAACCCCGCCUCCAGACUCGGAUCCUCUCGCAUUCCUUAUUCACAGCCUCUCACGUUGAGGAUAGAGAGAGAAAGGGGAGAAACAAGAAGAAGGGCAGACGGAGAAGAAGAACAAGAACAAGAAGGGGAGCAGCAAAACGACCAUGGCAAUAUCCAAAACGUCUCAGCUUGAGAUAGUGUCCGAUCACAGCGCACCUCUACCGCCGUCGACUACUGCACGGAGCAUGCAGUCGCACAAUAGACAGAGUCCAGAUGAGUGAGGAGCUAUACCUGGGCCGUGGACAAAAUGAGGGUCAUCUUCAUCCAAAACGCCGGUUUCGUCGCAGCUUUCUCGCCUUUUAGACGUGAGUCGGUGAUGUUGGCAGCGUUUAGGACGACAGAUAAUGUGAACGAGCAAGAAUUAACCAUAGCUAGACCAUGCCAGUCAAUUAAGGAGUGAGGAGAUCAAACCCAUAUAUUUAGGCGUUUUUCUUUUAUGUGGGAAUUAGCUUGCAAAUACAUUAUAGCCAAUAUCAUCUCUAAAUCGAACGUGUAUUCAGCUUUCGGCAUGCUGCCUGCUGUCGAAAUCUGAAUACAUAUUUUAUCAUAAAUUGGCACUAGAAUUAAUUAUUUUUAUCCGAUGAUAAUAGGACUAUGUAUCCGGUAAUUAUGGACUGAUAAUGUCCUUUUAGACCUUUUGUGCUUAAUCCUCAGUAGAUUGAUUAUAUAGCGAUAAUAACAUGAAUAGAUAGCCUAGGAGGAUAAAUCCUUGUUCGCAUUGAUCAAAGUCGAUCAACAAGACAAUCUGGAAAUGCUAGUUUCUACAUGUAGGCCUAAUAAUAUGACUAGUAGGCUACGCGUUAUUCCUUGUAAUUUAUUUAUUUAUUAUUACUAGGCUAUUAUUAGAUCUAUAAGUAUUAUAUUAUCAAUUUGUUUUAGGUAGUUAGUUUGAAAUAUUUAACAGUGGGAAGGUUGUUUGGACACUUCCCUAGUGAGAUGGAAACCGCUUAUUUAUCGCUUCACCGGGGGGCAAGGCGUCCCGAGGCCCAGAAAGGCCAAACCUCUGCGGGCAAACCGGCAGGGGGUGACCUCUCCCCUCCACCUCCAACUCCAUCCCUGCUUGCCGGCAACUCACCCGACGAUACCCCGGCAGGCAGUGAUGGACGGAGAAACUCGGGCGUGAAGAAACACCAUCACAAGCAUAACCUGAAACAUCGCUACGAGCUGCUGGAGACGCUGGGAAGAGGCACCUAUGGCAAAGUCAAGAAGGCCAUUGAAAGGCACUCCGGCAGAGAGGUGGCUAUCAAGUCAAUUCGAAAGGAGAAGAUCAAGGAUGAGCAGGAUAUGGUUCACAUCCGCAGAGAGAUUGAGAUCAUGUCAUCCCUCCGCCACCCACACAUCAUUUCUAUAUACGAAGUGUUUGAGAACAAGGACAAGAUCGUGAUCGUGAUGGAGUACGCCAGCAAGGGCGAGCUGUAUGACUACAUUAGCGAGCGCCGGCGCCUGAGUGAGCGGGAGACUCGACACUUCUUCAGACAGAUAGUCUCCGCCGUGCACCACUGCCACAAGAAUGGAGUUGUGCACAGGGAUCUGAAACUGGAAAAUGUGCUACUGGAUGAAAACUGUAACAUAAAGAUUGCUGAUUUUGGGCUGUCCAACCUCUACCAUAAGGACAAGCUGCUGCAAACCUUCUGUGGCAGCCCGCUCUACGCUUCACCAGAGAUCGUCAAUGGGAGACCAUACCGUGGCCCAGAGGUGGACAGCUGGGCUCUCGGGGUGCUGCUGUAUACCUUGGUCUACGGGACCAUGCCAUUUGAUGGGGGAGACCACAAGAACCUCAUUCGCCAGAUAAGCAACGGCGAGUACAAAGAGCCCACUCAGUCCUCAGAUGCCCGUGGACUGAUCCGCUGGAUGCUGAUGGUGAAUCCUGAGCGCCGGGCCACAGUGGAGGACAUAGCCAACCACUGGUGGGUAAACUGGGGCUGGAAGAACAGUGUGUGUGACUGCGAGACCCAACAUGACCAUGGAGGCUCGCCUAUGCUGGCCCGCUUCAUCGACUGGCAGAACCGCACUGAGCCACGUGGUUCUGGAGCCAAAGCUGCAGCCAUGCCCCAACUGCUGCGCCAGAGGCCCAAAAAGUCCAAGAAGGAAAAUGUUGAGUCAGGGCAGACCCACUGUGGAGCAGAGGACAAACCGGGUCUGAAGAGACCCAAGGGGAUCCUUAAGACCAGGGUCACUGAGGAGCAGCAGUCUGCCAGUCUGGAAGAUGUGGAGUUGGGCCAUGCAGCGCUGCCUCAACAAACCGAAGAGGGAGAGGAAGCCUCAAGUCCAGAUCAAGAGGAAGAGGAGCUGAUUCUGGGAGGAGGCUCGCCAGCUAAAAUGGUGCCAUCUCUGCCCAAAAAAGGCAUCUUGAAGAACAACCAACAGCGGGAAUCAGGGUACUACUCUUCACCAGAGCGCAGCGAGUCCUCUGAGCUUUUGGGGGGUGCCAGUAUGUCUCUGCUAGCCACCUCCCCGCCUAAGAGAGCGAUGGGGAGAAAGGGCAUCUUGAAGCGAAACGGCAAGUACUCCACCUACAGCGGGCCUCCCUCGGCAGCAGCAGUGGCUGGAGUCCUUGGUGAGCCUCCUCCAUCAACUGACUCAGGUCUGUCCCGCAGUCAGAGUCGGCCCUCCAGCAUUGUCGGAGAGGACAGCUCCACGCUGUCCCUGUCGCCUAGCUCCCUGAGUGGGGCUGAGUGGCACCCUUCCACCACCCACCUCCGCCCAAACAUCAGGGCCUGUGUCUCAGCUGAAAACCUGCUGCAGCUCGCCAACUUCAAGGGCUUCCAGCCUGCCCCUCCGCUCCAGGGACCCAAGUUCAGCCGUGGCCCCAAAACAAAAGGCUCCCCAGGGGACAAUGGCAGCUUCUCCUUGCUAGGGGACCUGGAGGACAUGACUCAGGUGUACCAGCAAGCCCUGGACAUUAGCAGCAACCUCACCUAACAGAUGGGUGGGAAUUGAACGUGACUGUGUGUGUGUGUGUGUGUGUGUGUAUGUGUGUGUGUGUGUCUUUGUGUGUGUCUGUGUGUGUGUGCGUGUGUGUGUGUGUGUGUGCGUGUGUGUGUGUGUGUGUGCGUGCGUGUGUGCGUACGUGCAUGUGUGCGUGUGUGCGUGCGUGCGCGCGCGUGUGUGUGUAUGUGUACACAGAUGUAUAUGGGUGGCAUUAACGACCAGUGUGUUACUGGGAUACACCUUUUGGGAAUUUGUGGUUUUCCAAAUGGGGAUGAAAUCUUGAUGGAAAUGAUAUGUCUACACACACACACACACAGAUGUACACACUUUGGUGCACUUCUCUGGGCAGAGGAAAUUUAGUUAGGGUUUUGUGAACAAGAGAGAGAAGGAGCUGGCAUGAGAGAAUGCCACCCAGUCUGCAUUCUUGGCCCGUCCAUAGACUUUGCUGUGUUCAACAUGUUUACAUAUUCAGCAAGAAGGCAAGUUGGAAUCACAAAUGCAGCAACCAGAAACCGGUUGGCUGUCCUUGUACACCACCAAUUUUGAGUUUGAGUUUACAAAAGCACCUUAAAACUCACACAGAGCACAUGCUUUUGUGAUCUUUACUUCCUUUAAAAAAAAAGAAACAAACCAGGGUCUUGUUCCAAAAAUAACAGACAUUGCUGAUUAUUUAUUAUUUUCGUAGCUUUUAGUUUUAAGUGCAAAACUGGUGGGCUGGCUGUUACUGGAAGAGUCCAAAGCUCCUCAUCUCCAACUCUUUGUGUGGAACUGACAUAUAUAAUUAUGUUACUCAGUUAUGAGAAACAUAUAGUAUAUAUAAUCAGCAUAUAUAAUUGUGUCUGCGCUUGUAAAACACGCAGGCAAAUAUACCUUCAUAAAAGCGUAUGUCCUAUAUAUGUGUAUGAUACUAGGGAAUAUGUAGGAAGUGCCUUUUUUGAUUCAUAACAAAAAAUUAUGUAUGUCAUUUCCUUAAAGUGGAGGGAAAUGCCAGGCCAACCUGUCGCCAGUUGUGCUUUUUGUGAUGUUGUUUGUGAAUGUGGAGAGACCCAGGGCCUUGAGCGCACAGCUACUUAUUUUAGGUUUGUAUGGUCAAUCUCAGACAGUUGCAGUCAAACAGUCUCAUCUCCUCCCCCUGUUCCUAGAAUCACACACAGAUAUGCUGGGAUCUACAGGCCGCCUUGAAAAGACCUCCCCUGUGUUCUUUGUCAGUAUUUAAGCCCAUAGUGUGGUUUGUCAGCAGUUAAGGUGGCUUGGUUGAGGAAAGUUUCGCUGGCAGCACCAGAGGUCUGCAGGGGCUCACCUAGUGGGACAAUUGGUGAAGGGAGAUAGCACAGACACCACCUCAUAGUCCUGGAAUGUGCCUGGCUCCCUUAACCUUGGUAGCUUUACAUUUUAGAGGCUUUGUUUAGUGAGACAAUUUUUUUUUUAACCAAAGACAUUUAAGGUGGUUUCCAUUGUCAGACUAGUUAAUAUUUUAUCCAAAGCUCUUCAAAAGAGCUAAGUAAAGUGGUUUGUUUUAGCCUGCUGAUGACACAGCAAAUUCCUCAGACAAAGGCUGGAGACGUGUUGGUGCUAGAGAUCUCUAUCAGCCCCAGACCGACUCAGCACAGGUGGGAUCUGCAGUCUGUGCUCAGCCCUCCAGCUGUGUAUACUAGUCCAUUAUGUCAACCAAGUACAAUUAGCCAGCUAUUGUUUUCAUUUGACAGUAAGAGAGAGGCAGCGCGCAGAGAUUUAUAGCUAGAGGGAGAAGAAAAGAGUGUGAAAGAAUGACGCAUGGAAAGUUGCUGAGAUUAGAGAGGACUUUCCUGUAAAACACAGGAAAGGUCAAGGAGUUAGAGUUAUUUUUUGAAGGAAUUGUAAUGUAGAAUAGUGAAAGUUAAGAAAGUGAGUAGAAUGAGUAGAUGGAAAGUUGUUGUUUUUUGUUUAAUACCAAAGAUGUGAUGAAGUUUUGACAUGAUUCAGGGGAAUGGAUGGAUCAGGGACUAGUGGAAGUACUGUGGAUUUUUCUUUGACUUGGGAAUCCCCGUUGGUGAAUGAAAUCAUCCCCACAUUGGCUUUACCUUACGUUUGUUUUUUGUUUUCUUUUUGAGUCUUUAUUUGAGAUGCUGGAGGGUGUUGAUACAGCUUGUCUUGAGGGUCAGUCAGUGUGUUCUCCAUGGCCUUAGGAAGUGCGUUACACUUUUCAACAGCAGCCAAAAGCUGGAGAACGGUGACUGACAUCAUCCAAAAUAUCAAAUGAUAUGGUUAGAAAACCGUGCAGUAGAUGACCCCGAGGAAACAGAUCACAUGUUGAAUGUUUGUCAGUGGUCUUCUCGUGUGACGGAAAGGUCCUGGGUAUUGAUUCAGAUGAAAGACCCGUUGCGAAUUAUAUUGCAUCUUAUUGCCUUUUGUAUUGCAUUUUAUUGUCAACUGGAUUUACAGUGAAAAAAUUAUACUAUGUUAGUAUUUUGUUUUAUUAUGCUUCUGUUUUUGAUUUUCCAAAAUAUAAGAAACUUUAUAUUGCUUUAUGUUAUGGCAGAAAAUACUUCCUUCCUCAAAGUUCUCCAGAAACAGACAAAUCUGAUCUGAAAUUGGCGUAGUUUCUAUUUUACACUGUUUUGAUACACCUGUGGGUGAGAGAAUCCCACUAACAGCCUCCAAAUGGCAAAAAGCAACUCUUAUAAUUUAAUUGAAAUAGGGCAAAAUACAAGAAUAUGUACUGAUAUAUCAAUAGCCAACCCUAAGAAAAUUGCAUUUCCACCUUGACCAAAUUAGGAUGAGGUCCAAAAUGCUGGAACAACACCAGGAGAAAAAGGAAAUAAAGCAAUGGAAAGAAUCUGAUGAUGAAACUUUGCCAAACUGGAAAUAAGUGGUGCAUAUCUUUUAGUUAGCAAAAAGUCUAAUCAUAGGAAAACUUGACUGGAUAUUGUUAUGACAACAAUAAUAAAUUAGUAUUAUUAUGUUAUUUAAGUAUUAUUUUGUUAUGGCUCAUUACUAUUGUUGGCUAUGGCCACCGUUUUUUUGUUUGUUUGUUUUUGGGGGGGUUUGUCUGUUGGUGAUCCUGAACUGCCAAGGUGGACUAAGUUGUGUGCCUUUGGUAUGUUUUAUGACCUUUUUUUGAUAAUGAAAAUUAUUAUCAAUGUGUUUUUAUACUUGUAUUUAUUGGUGAUCAAGCCAUUUAAUCUGUUGUUAUACUCCAUGUUCAUGCUUUGGCCUGCUUUGGACUGUGUGUUGUGUUCAGGAUGUACUGCACACAAAAGUAUCAUUGUUUGAAAUAGAGUGGUAUCAUCUCAUUGUGAAGAUAGUGGCCAAAUGUGUAUUUGUUAGAGUAACAAAUCAAUAAGAGUUCCUCAAAUCCUGUAAAAUGUCUUAAUUCAUCCAUUUGGGUGUAUUUCUACUCAAAACAAUGCCUCUGUAGUACUGUAUCAACUCAAAUAAAUGGAUCUUGAAAGUUA